AUGUUCACCCUGCCAUUACAUAUUGGCAAUUUGCAAGUUGAUUUUACAAAACGUUUACUUUUAAUCAAUCGAUUUGAUGAUGUAAUUGAUAACCAUAGUUCAACCAUUGUUGCUGCUACUGCUAAUGCUAUUUCUCCUACAAUAAAGCAGGAAUUUAAACGAACAUUAGCAGUGAAUAUUGGUUGUUCUAUUAUUGAUCAAACUGUACAAAUAAAAGAAUAUACUAUGAAUGAUAACUUAUUAACAAUUAAAAUUGAUAAUGGAAUUGAACUAAGAAUUAAAUAUGAUACAUCGGAAGAGUUAUAUGACAAAUAUGAAAUUGAAUGGAUAAGCGUUAAAGGUUAUCAUUACAUGAAAGAUGUAAUACAAACGGAUGAAAUUAGCCAAUGGUAUGGUGGACCUCAGAUAGCCCAGCAAACAUGGCCUUUAGCUAGGACUUUCCAACAUUUUUCACCUUAUUUAGCAGCGGACACUCUAAAGGCUAAUACUAUUGCACCAAUUCUUUCCUAUUCAAUAUUUGUAGCGAAACGUUGUACGUUACGUGAAUUUCACGUAGUUCUUCAUAGAAAUUUGUAUGACUCAUGUACAUCUAUUCCUGAUGAAGCAUUGAUUCGUAAGCCUAUUUGGUCAACCUGGGCAAGAUACUCUGAGAAUGUAACUCAACAUGAUGUGCUUGAAUUUGCUCAAGAAAUUUUAAAUCACCAUGCACCGAUUUGCCAGCUUGAAUUAGAUGACAAUUGGGCUACAUAUUAUGGCGAUUUUGAACUUGGUAUAUUUUCAUUCAAAUUUGAUGGAGGUGAAGUGACCUAUCUUCCAAAUGAUGUUCGUCUGCAUUGUGGUACAUCGCCAAAUGAUUUUUGCGAAGCUUAUGUACGAGCAGCUGCUUCGUUUGGUUUCUCAAUUGAGGUAAGAGUUUUUCGUCGCACACAAUCCCUGCCGAUAUUUUACAGAACAAUGGAUCGUCUAUCAACUUGGUCUGUAUAG